AACGGAACGGGGGGAAAGGAAAAAUCAAAAAGGGGCACUCAGCGAUUCAGCCUAGCCGUCGUGUGCCUUUCACUCUGCUCUCCCUUCCCUGAAAAGAGACAAAAGAAAGAAGAAAACAGAGCAACAAGCCGCCGCCGACGACGACGGCGAAAGCUCGGAAGGAGGAGGAGGAGGAGUUGUUCUUGACCGUUUAUGGGAUGGAAGGGAACAACGGCGGGGACGGCGAAACCAGCACCAACACCAUCGCGCCGUUCGUUAUGAAGACGUAUCAGAUGGUCAACGACCCAUCGACGGACGGACUCAUCUCCUGGGGGAAAGCCAACAACAGUUUCCUCGUCGUCGACCCGCUCGAUUUCUCCCAGCGAAUCCUCCCCGCUUACUUCAAGCACAACAAUUUCUCCAGCUUCGUCCGCCAGCUCAACACCUACGUAGGGUUCAGGAAAGUAGAUCCGGACAGGUGGGAGUUUGCGAGCGAGUGGUUUCUAAAGGGACAGAAGCAUUUGCUGAGGAAGAUAGUGAGGCGGAAGCAAUGCAAAGGGUCGAGGUCGAUUGAGGAGUUCAUGAUGGAGGGGAACGAGGAGAUGGCGAUGGAGAUUGGGAGGUUAAAGCAGGAGCAGAGAGCGAUGGAGAGGCAGCUGGAAGGGAUGAGCAAGCGAUUGGAGGCCACGGAGCGGCGGCCGGAGCAGAUGAUGGCGUUCCUCUACAAGGUCGUGGACGACCCGGACCUCCUCCCGCGGAUGAUGCUGCGGAAGGAGCGGAUUGGUCGAAGGCAGCGGCUCCUCGCGGCGGGGCAGAAGAAGCCUCGGCUGGACAUUUCGUCGAACAAUUCGUCGUCGUCUUCAUCCGCCGGCUUCGCGGCGGGGUCGGUGAAGUCGGAGGAGGAAGUGGAAGGUGGGGGGUUUGGAGUUGGAGGGUUCGUGUCGUCUCCGGAGAAAGGGUUCGGCAGGGUGCAGUACUCGUCGUCGCCGGAACCUUCACCGUCGCCGGAGACGGUGAGCGGUUCCGGGUGGUGUAUUGGGGAGGUUAGCUACCGUCGUCCGGUCGGCGGUGGGGGGAGUGGGGUUGCUUUCACGACGUCGAGUGGGGGCGGGUAUGGUGGUGGUGGGGAAGUUAGUUAUUUCGGAGGGAUGGCGGCGGCGGCGGAAUCCAGACCACCGCCUCCGCCUCCGCCUUAUCCGUUCUCGCUUUUAGGUGGUGAGUUUUAGAUGCUCUGUUAGUCUGUUUGUUUAUUAAUUACGUGGACUUUUUUUCCUUUUCUUUCUUAAUUUCCAUUUCCCCCUUUGCUUCUUCAUUUCAUAGUAUUUUUUUGGCUCUCAUUAUGUUGAUAAUUAGGGUUAGGAUAUUGGAUGUUGCAUAACUUCUGUAUGUAGCUUUUUUUUCUCCAUUGCUAGAUUGGAGAUUAAUCAAAAUAAACCGUGACAACACCUAACUGUAGCUUUAGAGGUUAUCUUGUUAACCUCUAAGUG